CUUGCGGUGUGGACGCGUCGCUCGCGAGUGCCGAUCGUGUCCCGUGUUUGUUUUAUGGUGUACAUUUGACUUUACGCUGACGGAAUACGAAAUCUAAAUGAAGGAUGACUGCGUCGGCGCCGGCGUCAUGUACUCAGUAACAUGAAUCUUACGAACUACAUCGUGUACAUCAUUGGCCUGUUUUGGCUAACACUGACCGAUGCAAAAAUUGGCUACUUCUGGCACAUCACAGAUCUCCAUUAUGACCCGUUUCACAACUCCCUGGAGCUGCAUAGAGGAUGCAGACAUCGUGGCAGCAUGGAGCACAACCACCGUAACGAGAGGCACAGAGACCACUCUUGCGAUAGCUCGUGGAACCUGAUACAGAGCGCGGCCGCUCUGAUGGCGGCAAGACAUCCUGACACCUUGGAGUUUGUGCUGUGGACUGGCGACAUCCUCUCAUCAACCAUGGAGCACCUAACAGAAGAAUACAAGCUGGAAGCGGUCCGCAACGUGACGGACAUCCUGAGUCGCACGUUCAGCAGCCAAUUCGUGUUCCCGGCGCUGGGUCACAACGACCCCGCGCCGUCGAGGAAGCUGGUCGAUAUGUGGAUGCAGUGGCUGCCCACAGAGGCGCUGCAGACCUUCCACACUGGUGGUUACUACACAAUAGAGCAGUCCCACAGUAAGCUGCGCAUCGUGGUUCUAAACAGUGUGCUUUGGGCCGGCGGGGGAACUCGAACUGACGGCCCGCACCGGGGCCGGGCCCAGUGGGAGUGGUUAGAACAAGUGCUUAGCAAGGCGAGGAGGAAAAACGAGAUGGUGUACAUAGUAGCACACGCCGGCCCGGGCGUAGAAGAGCGUCACGGUGCUGGGAGCGCAUCAGCGGCCGGCGGCGGCGAGCUGACGCCUCAAGCUAACGCACGGCUCAUACACCUCAUCAGGGCAUUUAGUGACGUCAUCGUUGGCCAGUUCUAUGGGCACAGGCAUACGGAUACCUUCAGACUUGUGUAUAGUGAAGGUCGACCGGUGUCCUGGGCAUUCCUCGCGCCGUCUGUCACCCCGCGGGGCGCGGGGAGCAUAUCCAAUCCGGGCUUAAGGCUGUACAAGUUUGACUCCAAUAAUGGAAAGGUGUUGGACUACACCCAAUACUACCUAGACGUGACGACGAACCGAGGCGAGCACCACUGGGCUAUCGAGUACAACCUGACCCAGUACUAUGGACUGCGGGAGGUCAGCGCGACGUCUUUGGACGCAUUGGCCGACCGCAUCAGGAAUUAUCAUGACAGGACAAUUUUUAAUAAGUACAUGAACGCGUUAAGAGUCCGCCACGCGACAGACUUGGAUUGCGACUCAGCGUGUGUGCACGUCCACUACUGCGCUAUCACCCGCGCAGAAUACCAAGAGUUUCGCACAUGCGUCCGCAACCCCGCCUCGGCACUAGCGUCGCGCGCACCAGGCAACUCCGCCGCCAUUUUGUUGUACGCCAUUUUGAUUUUGAUCUCGUCGUAGGAACUGAUAGUAGAUUUAUAAUUAUCAUCGCCAUUUAGUUAAGAAGUUUGUGUUUUUAUGUGGCGAUAUUGACUUGCAAUUGCUCAGAAAUAAAUAGGUUUUGUAAAAAAUAAGUUAUUAGUCAUUUUAAAUUGUCUUUCUUAACAGAAAAUGUCCGAAAAGUAAAUAGCAUACUUUUUUUGUUGCCUACAAAUAAAUAAAAUAAAUGUACCUAUAUUGCAUCCUCAUUCUUACUUGUCUUACCUAGUUUUCCCUAUUUUGUGUAAGUUACAAUGUUACCAGAAACAUCUUUUUCCUUGCGUUAUCCCGGCAUUUGUCACGGCUCAUGGGAGCUUGGGGUCCGCUUUGACAACUAAUCCCAAGAUUUAGCGUAGGCACUAGUUUUACGAAAGCUACUGUCAUCAGAC